GAUCCGGCUCCACUUCGCCUGGGGCGGAGAUAAGAAGGGAGAGGCGGAGCACGGCCCUCCUUGAACUUGAGUGCUGGGCUAGAGGGGUAAAGAAUAGCCAUAAGAAGUUAUAAACUUAAUGUAAAUUACUGUCUCCAGAUAAAAGAAAAUCAAGAUCAAUGAGUGGGCAUCGGUCAACAAGGAAACGAUGGGAUUCCCACCUGGAGGCCCCGGUGGGCUUGGGCCAUAUGAGCACUACAGGAUGUGUAUUAAAUAAACUGUUUCAGUUACCUACACCACCACUGUCCAGACACCAACUGAAGCGGCUGGAAGAGCACAGGUAUCAGAGUGCUGGACGGUCCCUGCUGGAACCCCUGAUGCAAGGAUACUGGGAAUGGCUAGUUGGUCGAGUUCCCUCCUGGAUUGCUCCAAAUCUCAUCACCAUCAUUGGACUGUCAAUAAAUAUCUGUACAACAGUUUUAUUAGUCUACUACUGCCCCACAGCGACAGAACAGGCACCUCUGUGGGCAUAUCUUGCUUGUGCAUGUGGCCUUUUCAUUUACCAGUCUUUGGACGCCAUCGAUGGAAAACAAGCCAGAAGAACCAAUAGCAGCUCUCCUUUGGGAGAACUUUUUGAUCAUGGUUGUGAUUCACUGUCAACAGUUUUUGUGGUUCUUGGAACCUGCAUUGCGGUGCAACUGGGGACAAACCCUGACUGGAUGUUUUUCUGCUGUUUUGCUGGGACAUUCAUGUUCUAUUGUGCACACUGGCAAACAUAUGUAUCAGGAACACUGCGAUUUGGAAUAAUUGAUGUGACUGAAGUGCAAAUCUUCAUAAUAAUCAUGCAUUUGCUGGCAGUGAUUGGAGGACCACCUUUUUGGCAAUCUAUGAUUCCCGUGCUGAAUAUUCCAGUGAAAAUUUUCCCUGCACUUUGUACUGUAGCAGGAACCAUAUUUUCCUGCACAAGUUACUUCCGUGUGAUCUUCACAGGAGGUGUUGGCAAAAACGGAUCGACAAUAGCAGGAACAAGUGUCCUUUCUCCUUUUCUCCAUAUUGGAUCAGUGAUUUCAUUAGCUGCAAUGAUAUACAAGAAAUCAGCAGUUCAGCUUUUUGAAAAGCAUCCUUGUCUUUAUAUACUGACAUUUGGUUUUGUAUCUGCUAAAAUCACUAAUAAGCUUGUGGUUGCACAUAUGACAAAAAGUGAAAUGCAUUUGCAUGACACAGCAUUCAUAGGUCCAGCACUUUUGUUUUUGGAUCAGUAUUUUAACAGUUUUAUCGAUGAAUAUAUUGUCCUUUGGAUUGCUCUGGUCUUCUCCUUACUUGAUUUGAUACGCUAUUGUGUCAGUGUCUGCAAUCAAAUUGCGUCUCACCUUCACAUACACGUCUUCAGAAUCAAGGUCCCCACAGCUUAUUCUAAUCAUCACUAAUGAUACAGAGGGGCUCGGUGGGAAACUCAUGUUUUCUGAAGGAGCAAAUCUGAACAUAUUAAGGAGAACGGGGCAGAUAAGAACAAAUAUAAUUUAUAAUAAUCAAUGUUGUAUGACUUUUAUUCUUUGUUAUUGGUAACACUCCUUAAUGAUCCUGAGUGAGAACGGGGCUUUCCAGUCCCAUCCUGUAACUUGUACAUGUGGUCAUACAGGGUUUGGCUUGAGAAAGCAUGCAGGAAAAAGGCCAUGUGUUUGUAAUCAUCCUGGAUUCUAAAUAAAAUUGUCAUGGGGAGCAGAUCCCCAGUGAUGGAGAUUUCUAAUGUAGAAUAUUUACAGGCCAAAAGAUGGUUACUUUAUAAUUUUAACAAAUCAUCUUUUAUUGACUUCCAUGUUUAAUGUCUUCUCAGUCUUUCUUUUACUAGUAAACUCAGCUUGUGGCGCAGAUAAGUCCCACUGGCAAGUGAAGUGGAACCGAGUGAUAAUGACGUUGAAUUGGCCUUGAAAGGCUUCCUGUGGUUACAUUGUUAAGGCAGUCACCUUUUAAUUGCUCGAGAAGGAAAAUCUCUCUGGUGGGCUUGGGAAAUCCUGUCAGCAUGCAGAAUAAUGUAACUUUGUCAAUCCAUUUUAUUUUUUUAAAUAAAUGUAUGAUCUGAAAGCCAGCUUUUCCCCCCCUCAGUUUUAUUCAGUGGAAAGGUAAACUUGUUUUAAUGCCAUUUUUUUAAAGCAUAUUUUAUUUCUGUUCUUUAAUAAACAAGAAAAUUCGGUCAGCUGUA